AUGAAAUAUCCAUAUGAAUUCUAACAAUAAGAUGUACCUUUAUUAGAAAUGGCAUUGGCUAUUCUAAUGUUGGGUAGUUUUAUGAAUGAUCUACUUUUGAUUUUGAUUUAUAAUGUUUAGAUAGAUUUGACUGAGAAAUCUUAGAUGAUUUUUUCAACAGCAUUCAUAAUCCUAUUUAUGAUUAAAUGCCAAAAAAUGAGACUUACUAUAUAUCUAUUGAUACCAGCUUAUAUCACUUUGAUAAUAUCAAAAUAUUCAUCUCAUUAAUCAUACAUAAUGGUAUUUAUAUGCUUAAUGUUUUAAAUUGGCUAUAUAUUUUUAGUAAUGGUAAUGCCAUAAUAUAAAUAUCCUAAACCAAGUGGGAAAUAUUUAAUAGGAUUUAAGGAAAUAAAAUUAAAGAAUGGAGAUAUGGUUUCUAUAUAUUAUCCAACUCUUUAGAAAUCUAAAAUUAGAUCCAUAAAUUCUUGUAGAAAUAGAGAUUAUAUCAAAUAAGUUUACAAUGAUUUUUAACAUGUAAUGCAUUGGAGACCUCCUAUUAUGUUUAUUUAUUGGAUGUUAGGAUUCUUAAAUAAAGUGAAAGUAGAAGAUAUUGAAGUUGAUUCACCUAUUAUUGAAGGUAAAUUACCAACAAUUGUCUUUUCAAAUGGAUUAGGAGGUUUGAAAGAUCAUUAUUCUGUAUUUUAUAAGGAAUGGGCAAGCAAUGGAUAUCAAGUAUAUUCUAUAUAACAAGAAGAAGUAACAAUAAUUUUAAAUGAAAAAGAGAUUCAUCAAUAUAAAACUGGAGAAGCUACUUUAGAGAAUUAAUUAGGAUAAUAGAUUUUAAAUAAAGUAAAAAUGAUUAGACAUUAAUAAUUAAAUGACAGAGUUAUUAAAUAUCAAUCAUUAUUGGAUUAUGUAUAUUAAUAAUAGAANUAAUAACAUACUAAAAUAAUCACAUUAAGUAUUAGUCAUUCUUUAUUUAUACAUUAAUUAAUUUUCAAAGUUAAAACAUGUUUCUAUAGCAUUAAAUGA